AGGGGUGCAGGGGCUCUGCUGGGGAAUGGGGAAGCUGAGGCACGGAGCCUUGCUGGGAGCCGGGGGACCCAGGCAUCCUGCAGGGUCUCAGGUUUUAGGGGGGGGGACUUGGAGGGGCAGGAAACCUUUUGCUUAUAUAACUGACACCCCCCCACACACGUCCCCCCCAUUGCCAGCCCGGCCGAUGCCAGUUCCCAGAUUAGCUGUUCCUGUCGGCCGGAUCCUGCUGUCCCUGGGCCACCGCCAGUCCCUGUCCCCUCCCUGGCCCCUCCCAGUCCCAUCCCCAUCCCCACGUGGCACCUUUGUCCUCCUCCAGCUCCAGCACUCAUGGGAUUCGGGAUCUUUCAUCCCCCCAGCCCCAUAAGCGGGUCUCAUCUCAUCCUGCCCCUUAUCUCAGGGUGCUGGACACACUGGGUGCACUGGGAAUGGGCAGGGUUGGUGGUGCUGGGCUGAGUCCCAGCGUGCUCAGCUCACUGAUGAUGGAGGCAUUAGGAAGAUCCCUGUCCCCAUCCCAUUCCCAGCCCGAUCUGCUCCUCAUCCCAAUCCCCGUUCCCAUCCCUUUCCACCUUCAGCCCCAUCCCCAUUCCUUCCUACCCCCAUCCCACGGGACAUUCCCGUGGGACACUGAGGGGCAGCUGUGGUGUUGGGGCAGCACAUGGUGGGGGCUUCAAGGCCAGGACACCCACAUCUCGGGGCAGGGAGGGGGGAAAGCUCCAGGAUACAGGGACUGGAGCCGGGAUCCCUGGAUCCUGCCCCCCCCCAACAAGCUCGGGAAGGGCAGAGGAGCCGGAUCCGGCAGCGCCGGCGCUCGAGCCGCGUCCCCCGGCCCCGGGGCGCUGGCGCUAACCUGGUUAUCUAGGAUGGAUGGUGGCACCGGCCUCGGCGCCAUCUCUCACCACGGGGACAUCGUGGCUCCCCGCGGCCACCCCCCAACCCCCCCCCGUGUCCCUCCUGCUGAUAUAAGGCGGGUUUGGGGGGGCCGGGCCAGCGCCGGCGCCGCAGCCCCUCGCCAUGAGCAGCUUGGCCGCCCUCCGGGAGGGCUACGAGCACUUCGACCCCCGCGCCUACCUGCAGAACAACUACCUGCCCCCCCGGGCUGACUUCUCCUCCGAGGAGUUCGUGGUGCCCUGGAAGCUGCGCUGCCUGGCAGAGACCUUUGCCACUGGUGAGAUCCAUGGGCACACGCUGAUCGACGUGGGCUCGGGCCCCACCAUCUACCAGCUGCUGAGCGCCUGCGACCACUUCGAGGAGAUCGUGGCCACCGACUACCUGGCCGUGAACCGGGAGGAGCUGGGGCGCUGGGCGCGGGGGGAGCCCGGCACCUUCGACUGGAGCCCCUUCAUCCAGCACGUCUGCAAGAUCGAGGGACGCGGGGAGCCGUGGCAGGAGAAGGAACGCCGGCUCCGUUCCCGGCUGCGGCGGAUCCUGCCCAUCGACGUGCACCGCCCGGACCCGCUGGGGUCCCCGCUGCGCCCCCCGGCAGACGCGCUGCUCUCCGCCUUCUGCCUGGAGGCCGUGAGCCCGGACCGCGCGGCUUUCACCCGCGCCCUGACCCACGUGGGGACGUUGCUGCGCCCGGGGGGGCACGUUCUGCUGCUGGGGGCUCUGGGCGAGUCCUUCUACCUGGCGGGGCCCGCCCGGCUGCCCGUGGUGCCGCUGGACGCGGGGGCGGUGCGGGAGGCGGUGGCCUCGGCCGGGCUGGGGCUGCGGGAGCUGCGGGUCUACGCGAUGCCCCCCGCGCUGCGAACCCCCGUGGACGACGUGGACGGGGUCUUCUUCGCCCACGCGCAGAAGCCGCCGGAAGCCUGAGGGACCCCCCACUACCCCGCACCCCGAAAGAUGGAUUCGGUGCCCCCCCUGUCUCUCCACACACCCCCCGACCCCGGCUCCUGCCCCUCAAUAAAGCCCCAGCUGCAGCA